ACGAGUUCACUGAUUGCUUAGGUCACAGUGCAGAGGCAGAGGGAGAAUUUUUUGGCGACACAUUUCCGUCGUUCUCCGCCGUUCAUCAUCGACGACGUCGCUCUUUUGUUUCCGUGGGGUUUUGGAAGGUGUGGGGCGUACGUAGAUCGACACUUUCCAAUGGCGUCUUCUAAGAGGCCGAAUGUAGAGCCUAACGGGAAAGGGAAACGCCAAAAAUCUUCCGGUGGUUUUUCGUCGUUGGAUGUUUCUCCAGGGACUGCGGUUUUCCGUUUGCUCUGUCCCGUUUCAAGAAUUGGCAGUGUUAUUGGAAAAGGUGGUGCCAUCAUUUCACAAAUUCGCCAAGAAAGUGGUGUGAAGGUUAAGAUUGAGGAAGCUAUACCUGGGUGUGAUGAAAGGGUUAUCACUAUCUCAGGUUCUGAUAAAGAAGCGGAAGAAGUUCAUGCAGAGCAGGUAAGGGAGGUUAACAAUGAUAAUGCUGGAAUCGAGGGGAAAGGGGAUGAAGAGGAGAGGGAUGGUGGUGAUGGUGCUGGUGAUGAUAAUGAAGAAAAGGAAGAUAAAAGUUCGGUUCUCGUUGAAGAUUCUCCCAGUGAAAAGGGGAAUUCCGCCAUUCGGAAGGCUAUAUCAUUAGUUUUUGAGAGAAUGGUUGAGGGAGUAGAGGAGAUGAGUGAAGGGGAUGAAGAAAGUAAUAAAUCUUCUACCCUUGUUUUUAGGUUACUUAUUCUUACUACUCAAGUUGGAUGCCUUCUGGGAAAGGGUGGUAGUGUGAUUAAGAGAAUGGCAGCUGAAAGUGGUGCACAUAUUCGGAUCCUUCCUAAAGACAAACUUCCAGCGUGUGCAUCAGCUUCUGAUGAGAUAGUUCAGAUCUCAGGAGGAGUAGAUGUUGUCAGGAAAGCUCUUCAAUCUGUUUCUCAUCAACUAUUGGAAAAUCCACCUCGGGAUCAUGAAUUGUCAGCUAAUUUUAACGGGUCUUCUCAUUCAUCUGGACAAUUCGCACCUCACAGCCGUUCUUUUGGUGGUCAACCUUUUGGUGCUGCCCAUGAUAUUUCUAUUUUUCAUUCUGGCCCUCCAUUGAUGUCCAAGUUUCAUGAAGCUGCCAUUCACGGUCGCACGAGACCUAUGCAGGAAAUGCUUACUUUUCGUUUAUUGUGUCCUGUGGAAAGGGCAGGAAAUGUAAUUGGUAAAGGUGGAACAAUCAUAAAGACACUUCAGCAAGAGACAGUAAGUGAUAUCAAGAUUGUAGAAAGUCCUCCAGAUUCAGAGGAUUGUGUUAUUGUUAUAUCUGGUCCAGCGCACCCAGAAGNGAUGGGUUGGCCGCGGAUUCUAAUCCACUUUAACAUCACUACUGGCGAAGAUUACUCUAUGGUCACAGUGCAGAGGCAGAGGGAGAAUUUUUUGGCGACACAUUUCCGUCGUUCUCCGCCGUUCAUCAUCGACGACGUCGCUCUUUUGUUUCCGUGGGGUUUUGGAAGGUGUGGGGCGUACGUAGAUCGACACUUUCCAAUGGCGUCUUCUAAGAGGCCGAAUGUAGAGCCUAACGGGAAAGGGAAACGCCAAAAAUCUUCCGGUGGUUUUUCGUCGUUGGAUGUUUCUCCAGGGACUGCGGUUUUCCGUUUGCUCUGUCCCGUUUCAAGAAUUGGCAGUGUUAUUGGAAAAGGUGGUGCCAUCAUUUCACAAAUUCGCCAAGAAAGUGGUGUGAAGGUUAAGAUUGAGGAAGCUAUACCUGGGUGUGAUGAAAGGGUUAUCACUAUCUCAGGUUCUGAUAAAGAAGCGGAAGAAGUUCAUGCAGAGCAGGUAAGGGAGGUUAACAAUGAUAAUGCUGGAAUCGAGGGGAAAGGGGAUGAAGAGGAGAGGGAUGGUGGUGAUGGUGCUGGUGAUGAUAAUGAAGAAAAGGAAGAUAAAAGUUCGGUUCUCGUUGAAGAUUCUCCCAGUGAAAAGGGGAAUUCCGCCAUUCGGAAGGCUAUAUCAUUAGUUUUUGAGAGAAUGGUUGAGGGAGUAGAGGAGAUGAGUGAAGGGGAUGAAGAAAGUAAUAAAUCUUCUACCCUUGUUUUUAGGUUACUUAUUCUUACUACUCAAGUUGGAUGCCUUCUGGGAAAGGGUGGUAGUGUGAUUAAGAGAAUGGCAGCUGAAAGUGGUGCACAUAUUCGGAUCCUUCCUAAAGACAAACUUCCAGCGUGUGCAUCAGCUUCUGAUGAGAUAGUUCAGAUCUCAGGAGGAGUAGAUGUUGUCAGGAAAGCUCUUCAAUCUGUUUCUCAUCAACUAUUGGAAAAUCCACCCCGGGAUCAUGAAUUGUCAGCUAAUUUUAACGGGUCUUCUCAUUCAUCUGGACAAUUCGCACCUCACAGCCGUUCUUUUGGUGGUCAACCUUUUGGUGCUGCCCAUGAUAUUUCUAUUUUUCAUUCUGGCCCUCCAUUGAUGUCCAAGUUUCAUGAAGCUGCCAUUCACGGUCGCACGAGACCUAUGCAGGAAAUGCUUACUUUUCGUUUAUUGUGUCCUGUGGAAAGGGCAGGAAAUGUAAUUGGUAAAGGUGGAACAAUCAUAAAGACACUUCAGCAAGAGACAGUAAGUGAUAUCAAGAUUGUAGAAAGUCCUCCAGAUUCAGAGGAUUGUGUUAUUGUUAUAUCUGGUCCAGCGCACCCAGAAGAUAGAGUAUCCCCUGUGCAAGAAGCUGUAUUUCGUGUGCAAACUAGAAUAGCCAAGCCUAUGCCUGAUGCCAAAGAACAUACAAUGUUAGCAAGGUUUCUUGUUUCUUCCAAUCAAAUAGGUUGUCUCCUCGGCAAGGGUGGUUCCAUCAUAACUGAAAUGAGGAAGAAAUCAGGGGCCCAUAUCCGUAUAUUAGGAAAGGAUAAGGUUCCAAAGUGUGCUUCAGAAGAUGAAGAAGUAAUUCAGGUAAACGGAGAAAUUGAGGCAGUGCAUGAUGCUCUUAUGCAAAUAACUACUAGAUUAAAGCAUCAUUUCUUCCGUGAUUCACAUCCAUCUGUCAAUUAUCCUUCAAAUUCUCCAUUUGUGGAUCAACUUCCUCCAUUCCCACCUUAUUUAGGAAGACGGGGACUGUCACCUCCUGGGAUGUAUUCUGACCUUGGUCCUCCACCUUAUGCGGGUUUUCCUCAUGAUGACCGUCCUCCAUUUUUGAAUAACAUACACAGACCAGGCAUUCCUCCUCACAUAUCUGAAAGGAAGCAUUGGGGUCCUCAGGGGGUACUUGAAGGUGGCUCACGCAUUGGCUUGCCAGACUUUCCAGGAGGUCCUCCUAGAAGAAUUUCAGGAUUUGCAGGGGGUAGCCAACCAAUUAUCACAAGUACCACUGUUGAAGUUGUUGUUCCUCGAGCACUGGUGCCUGUAAUAUAUGGGGAAGAUGGUGAAUGCCUGAAACAAAUACUUCAGAUCUCUGAUGCAAAUAUUACUAUAACUGAUCCAAAACCCGGAGCUGUGGAAACUAAAAUUAUAAUAUCUGGAACCCCUGAGCAAACUCAUGCAGCCCAAAGUCUUAUUCAGGCAUUUGUCAUGAGUGAGAGGGAGUCUGGUUGAUCUCACUAUUUGGGUAAUAUACUAAUAGGUUUGUAUCUUUAGUCCGGAAGUUGUAAUUGAGCCUUUCUGCUU